CAGUUUAGAGUUAAAUGCUCUGAAAUUUGUGAAUGCACAGUGUGUGGCACUUCAGAUUGUUUUUAAUUUUUUUUAUAUUUUUAAUUAUUCAUGACUUCUGAAGUACCAGACUAAGCAGUUUGGUUGAAGUGUGUGUGCAUGCUAAUACUUGUAGUGGUACAUAAAUCCGCUGUGUAAACAAGGUUAAGAGCAUACAUGGCAGAUCAGCAUGUACACUAGAUGUAGGCUCUUGUUCGUGACCCACUUUCUUUGCAGAAAGCAGUUUGUUUUCUCGGUUUUUUUUAGGCCUAUGUGCCAGACCGAAACUGUUGAGGAAGGUUCAUCAUAACAAAAUGGAUGCUUUAAUUAGAGAGACUGGUGCUUUUUGAGGUUAUUUUCAAGUUUCAGUUAAUCUGAGACAUACUCUGUAUGGCUGUAGCACAGUUCAAAGGCUAUAUCAUUAACCCUUAGAUUCUUCACGUCAGUCAUAGCUGUUGUAAUCUUUUUCGUAUCUAGUGCCAAGCUUAUCUCUGGAAGCUUUGUAGUUUGUUGGCAGUGCCAGCCCAAACCUUGGCGGGUGCCAGUGGUUCACCCUUGUUGCAUAAUAAUAUUCUUUAGAUGUUGCAUUCUGUUGCAGGUAAUGGCCACGUUUGUGCUCUGCUGUUUUAACUAAAAGACUUUUUACGCAUCUGCAUUAUUUAAUGGAGUUAAUGUUGCUGACAGCUGCUAAUUUAAAUUAAUGUAUGAGCCUAAUUGGAAGACAGACCUGCCUAAAUACAGGCUUGACUAUCGUAACCACUAAGCUAUUCAACACUGCAUUUGCUUUCCUGAUCUCUCUUUUCAGAUCAGGUAUUCUUCAUCUGAUGCAUAUGUAGCCCAACAUGAAGGUCAUGUUGCUGUUUAAACGCACUAGAGAGAAUUUAAUUACAAGCACAACACAGUCAUAGAGGAAAGCUGAAGGCUAUUAAUAUAUUAAUGUAGUUUUUAUUAUCAUAAUAGAAGUGUGGGUACUCUAAGCCUAUGAUAUUGAGAUUUAAAGUAUGACGUGCAAAAUUAUUGUUGAAAUACAUCUGGAAGGGUGUGAUUCCCUUAGGAAACAAUACAGGAACUUUCUGAGUUUUUCAUGUGUAAGUCACCAUAAUCAGUAUUAAAUGAUACAUCUAGUGAAAUCGUACCAAAGUUCUUAAGAGAUGCUAGGACAUGGAAGUACACCUAGGUUUAAUGUGGACCUUCUGGUGCCUUUAAAAGUUGCAAAACAUUUAAAUAAAAAUAUUUUUUAUUCCAAUUAAAACUUUUUAAUUGAAAUAAAAACCUUUUUGAAGAGUUUUUCUGAGUUCAGGUAUUCUGCUGUUGUAUCAGGAUGUAAAAACAAAACCAUAAGUUGAUCCUGUUACUUAAAUUAUAAUAAUUAUCAAAACCAAGUGCUUGAUUAAGAAUUUAAAUAGUUAUUGCUAACUAUUUAUACACUGUACUUCCAAAAUAUUUGUGACCUUGGUGUGGAUAGGCAUAUUAGUUAGAAAUGGCUAUUCUGAAUUUCUGCUGGUACUAUGCAAUGCUGGGAUCAGAUGGCAUUGUUUCUGAAGGUCAGAUCUUGAGAAGCAGGUUAAUCUUGUUGAAAUAGGGGAAAGAAAAAGGCAUUGGGAAAAGGCAUUCUUUUUUCAGAUGUAAUGAGUGUCUUCCAAGCUGUCUUUCAAGUACACUUCUGCUGCAUGCCACUUCAGUAGGGAAAACUUUAAUUAGCAUUUUAUGAAAGUUUAUCUUGAGUUUUUUAGGAAUGAUUGAAAAUCUUAUCACAGAUACAGGGUAUAUUAUUGAGUUUAUCUUAUGGUAAAUUGCAGUGCUGUAAUCCAUGCUUUUCUAACAUAAGUGUAUCUGUCAGGAGUGUGCCUUGGUAGGGGUACGCUGGAGGCUGUGAGAUUUCUGUGUUGGCAGAUGUUCUGCAGCAACUGGUUUGUGUCUGUUGAUUUUGAGCAGUUGUUCACCAGUGCAGUGGUAGAAGGCGAAUAGGGCUGAGUCCAGGAUCGUUGAGGCAGGACACCAGACUGAAAGGUGCUGCAGUAUUUUAAGCCAGACUUAAUCUUCUUCCUUCGGACUGCAGACUCUGCUUCUCUGUUGUCUUCAGGGUGUGGUGUGGUGUGGCCCAGGCUUCCCAAGCUGCAUGUUCUCCAGCUCCUCUCCCUCCUUACAGAGCCUAUUUUGCGCACAGUUCCGCCUGAACUCCAUUCAAAUGCUGUUCUAUACUCCUCUGGUAACAGCAUGUUGUUCAGAGUUUUAGAGAAUGUGUAAAACCUUGAAUCUGAGAUGAACAUGGAAAAGCAGAAUGAUUUCCUAGGCAUAAAAUAGCAAUAAUAAUAAUUUGAUGUAAGUUUUAUUUACCAGUUAAUUGUGGCAUCUAGCUAAUGAUACUGUGUAGAAUGCAUUGCAGUAACAAAAUAUGGAAGUUCAGGAGGUGAUUAAUGCAAAGAAGUCCAAACCCAGCAGAAGCUCUUCCCUAUUUUACUCAUUUGCAGACAAACCCCAUUGCUCACACAGUUGUGUAGGAGAUGCGAGAAGUCUGAAAACAUAAUCCACUUGCCACACGAAUAACUAUAACCAUCUCAGACUUUAUUUCAGAGCCAGGAGUGUUUUUAUUGUCUGAAAGAAUCCUCUUGCAAGCAUUAUCCAGCUGUUGUGCUAUCCAAGCUUGAUGGAAAUGUCAGUUACUGAAGAGUACCUUCUAGCGCAGUUCAGUGGAGUUGAUUUGUAACACUACAUAGAGUAGCAGCAGUAUAUAACUAAGGGUGCUGCUUUGAAAUAGAAAUCUCAUUUUAAUUUUAAAUGUAUGUUAUUGUACUAUAUAUAGUACUUUGCUUUUGAUAGUAUCACUGUGCUAUUGUAGUGUUACUGAGUGAUCUCAAGAGAGCAGCUGAAGAACUCCUCUGGAAAGGGAAGAAAGGGAAAUUCUGACAAUGGAGACCAUGAUGUCACUAGUAGAUUUGGGAAAGAAACUUUUAGAAGCUGCGCGAGCAGGUCAAGAUGAUGAAGUUCGCAUUUUGAUGGCAAAUGGAGCGCCUUUUACCACAGAUUGGUUGGGAACAUCUCCACUUCAUUUAGCAGCACAGUAUGGACACUACUCAACAACAGAAGUGUUGCUGCGAGCAGGUGUAAGUCGGGAUGCCAGAACCAAAGUGGACAGAACUCCAUUACAUAUGGCAGCAUCAGAAGGCCAUGCCAGCAUAGUAGAAGUCUUACUUAAGCAUGGUGCUGAUGUCAAUGCGAAGGACAUGCUCAAAAUGACUGCACUUCACUGGGCUACUGAACAUAACCACCAAGAAGUUGUAGAACUCUUAAUAAAGUACGGAGCAGAUGUUCAUGCUCAGAGUAAAUUUUGCAAAACGGCGUUAGAUAUUGCGGUAGACAAUGGAAAUGAAGACCUUGCAGAAAUAUUACAGAUUGCAAUGCAGAACCAAAUCAAUACAAAUCCAGAGAGUCCGGACACUGUGACGAUACAUGCAGCAACACCGCAGUUCAUCAUUGGACCUGGAGGGGUGGUGAACCUAACAGGUCUGGUAUCUUCUGCAAAUACAUCAGAGGGAACAGAUGAAACAGGAGUGUCUGCUGUACAGUUUGGAAAUUCAUCAACGUCAGUAUUAGCCACGUUGGCAGCUUUAGCAGAAGCAUCAGCUCCACUGUCUAAUUCUUCAGAAACACCAGUUGUGGCCACAGAAGAAGUUGUGACUGCAGAGUCUGUGGAUGGUGCUAUUCAGCAAGUUGUCAGUUCUGGAGGUCAGCAAGUUAUUACUAUAGUGACAGAUGGCAUUCAACUUGGUAAUCUGCAUUCAAUUCCAACCAGUGGAAUAGGGCAACCAAUCAUUGUGACCAUGCCAGAUGGACAGCAAGUAUUAACAGUUCCAGCAACCGACAUUGCUGAAGAAACUGUGAUAAGCGAAGAACCGCCAGUGAAGAGACAGUGCAUUGAGAUUGUUGAAAAUCGUGUGGAGUCUACAGAAAUAGAAGAAAGAGAAACUCUUCAGAAACAGCUGGAUGAGGCAAACAGAGAAGCACAAAAAUAUCGUCAGCAGCUCCUAAAGAAAGAACAAGAAGCAGAGGCCUAUCGGCAGAAGUUAGAGGCAAUGACCCGCCUCCAGACUAAUAAAGAAGCUGUUUAAUAAAAGUGAACAUACUGCAAAGCCUGUUACUUUCCAAAACCUGCAGUACAAUCUUGAACUGUACACUAUAUAGGUACAGAUGCAGGAUUACAUGAUAGAGAAGAUGCUACAAGUUGAUAACUGGACUUAAGCCGUGAGCUCUCAUUAAUUUCUUGUAACAUAAAAACUCUGAAUUUAGAAAUUGUGAAAAGUAUUUAAAAUGAAAUACUGUAAAUAGUUGGUUUUUUUACAGUUUCAAAAUGAGUUGAUAAAUCUUUUUGAAGGGAUCCAGAAACACGAGAAGCCAAUGUUUUUGUGAAAUUUUUGAUUUUAGUAUGAAUCUAACUUCUGAAAAACAGAACAGUUUUAAGGGUGAUAUUGUUGAUUUAAGCUGACAACUUGAAAAUUAUGUGACAAAAUGAUUUAACAGUUAUUUCUACAUGGUAACAACUUAAACUUCUCUGAGUAAGACAUUUCCAAGUGGAAAUCUUUGUACAGCUUUAAGUAGUUGUCUCAGAUUCUCUGAAAACCAUUUUUGGUUUUGUUUUUUUUUAUUUUAGGUGGUGAAAUUUUUAUAUUUAAUUUCAGAUAUAUCCAAGUAGAUUUACAUGUAUAUGAAGCUAAUAUUUUUUAAACUUUUCAGUUUGUACAUAUGCUGCAUGUUUUUAUAAUUUCUACACAUCUUGCAUAGGUAUUUUUCAGCAAAGAUGAGGAAAAUUAUAAGGAAAAUUACGAGGAAAAUGUUUAGCUUAUAUGUCAUUGGAAGUAAGCAGCCAGUUUAAUUGUGGAUGGUAUAUUUGUUGGAAGAAUGUAAUUUGUAAUUAAAAACAAAAAAAAAUCUUCACUUACAUACGAGGUGUGAUUUAAAAUUUGGUAGUGGAGGCAGCGAAACUUCACUUUGUGUCUUACAAUUUUCAUGCACAAGCAUUUAAAAGUUCAGUAAUGCAUAGGAAAGAAUGUCUCCACUGGAACACAAAUAGUAGUUCUUUUAGGAUAUUCCUAUUGAUCUCUUUUUCCCAAUAGCCUUGAAAUCAUUUCAGUGAUACCUUUUUUUCUAAACGGACUUUUGCAUUUUAAUUAUGCAAUUGGACAAGUAAUUUUUUUAUGUUGUGAUGCUCCUCUUACCCAGCAUCAUUGUUCUUCACUGUGAUACUGUGUUUCUGUGUGUCUGUGCAGUGAUCUAUUAUGGUUAGGAUUUAUAUAGCACAUUACAUCUUCAGAGCGUUGUAAAAUCUUUUAAAGAGCCCUUACUGUACUGCCUGAGGCAGGUAAGUGAGUGUUACUGUCUCAGUUUUAUAACCGAUACAAGUGCAACACAGGGAGUGUUAAAUGACUGGCCCAAGACCACAUGGAUCUGUGGCAAACCUGGGAAUAGAUCUCAGGAGUUCCUGGCUUCUAGUCCUGUGCUUAGACUGAGCUGCCUUAAGAUUGUUCAGUGCUGUUGUACAUUAAAUUUUGAACUACUGUGCAGAUUCCUUUUUUUGUAAGAUAAAACUCUUCGUGCUUUGCUUUGUUGUUCCAUGUUUCACUGCUUUUAUGGAAUUGUUUAUAUAAACUUAAGCAAAAAGUCUAGUUUACCUAUACUGUACACAGAAAAAUUACCCUUAAAACUGUACUCUGGCCUACUUUUUCUAUUUUACAAUUAAAUAUCUUUUCCACAUA